AUGGGAAAGGUCGCGGAGAUUCAGCUGGUGGGUUACAUUUACGGAGGUCCGAAAGGUAUUAUUAUCUUCACGACCGUUAGCGAUUGUGUUGAGGUAAUCGGCUGCUGGUUGGAAUGCCCGACGAAUCGGAUCCAUUUGGGAAGACCUACGGAUUUCGAAAUCGGUUGGGAUGUUAGACCCUGGAUACUGAUGGAGGAGGAAAGGGAAGAGGAAGAGGAGAGGCGCGCGGAGGAGGAAAAGGAAGAGGAGAGGGAGAUGGAGGAAGAGGAGAAGUGUGCGGAGGCUAAGAUGGAGUGGUUGAUGGAGUUAGAUGAAGAGGAGAGGCGCGCGGAGGCUGAGAUGGAGAUAAGGGAAGCCAUGUACGGUCAGAUUGGUGAGAUGUCGGAAAUGUUGAUGGUCUUAUGGUGUAAAUUUAAUGCAUUUCUUACAUUAAAAUUUAAAAACAAAGUUUUCCUAAGGUAAAUAAAAAACCAUGAGAUUCCAAAGGAUUACCGACAAAGUCCAUCUUUACUUUAAUUGUCCGGAAAAAAUGGAGCAGAUUUCGAAGUUAUGCGAGGGGACCGGUUAUUCGGAUACGGUCCUGAUCGUAUCAACCGAAAAUUUCAUUACCGGUAGACAGGCUAAGCACAGGAUCAGGUUUGGGAAGGGAUGAAUGGGAAAGGAUUCCGAGGUUCGGUAUCUUUACUAUCGUCAUCGUCAGGGUAUAAAAGGGAUUCACGUUCGGGAAUAACCAAGGAUUUUUGGUGUAAGCACAUGAAGCAUGAUCUUAAAUAUUUUAGUUAA